CUGGGUGGAAAUAAGAUGCCGGCAGUGUCCGCAAGUAAAAAACGCUGUCAUCAGGGUGGAGGCCUCCCUCCAGCCAAUCAGAGAUCGGAUGUGAUGUGGAGGGCGGAGUAAAAGACGCACGCUUUCUUUGGAUAAAUGAACGGAAAACUGUGCAGCUGCCCGUAACGUACAACUCUUGACAAUUUAACUUCGCUGAGAGACGUCAAACCGCCAAAAUGACUGAGAAGAAGGCAGUGAUAAAGAAUGCAGACAUGUCUGAUGAAAUGCAGCAGGAUGCCGUGGACUGUGCCAUGCAGGCUAUGGAAAAGUACAACAUUGAAAAGGAUAUCGCUGCCUAUGUCAAAAAGGAGUUUGACAAGAAGUACAACCCCACAUGGCAUUGCAUUGUUGGGAGGAACUUUGGCAGCUACGUGACGCAUGAGACGAAGCAUUUCAUCUACUUCUACCUGGGCCAAGUGGCCAUUCUACUGUUCAAGUCGGGCUGAAAUCCAAACAUGCCCCCCGAAAACUACUUUUAAUUCAGCCCUUAAUACUACUUCUGUGCCACUCUGUUCAUUUGCUACCACCUUUCUGCAGAAAUGCCUACCUCAUGGUUUCCUGUUUGCUUCAGUUUGUUAUUGUGUGCCACCUUCAACACUAGCACCAUCGGUGGAUUGCGCUUUAGUCAUGCCUGGACUGGUGAUGUGCUGAUCAUAGAACAUGUCAAUUUAUAACUACUCUCCAUUCCAGCACUCAAUCAGUGUUUUUGCAUCUGCCAGACUUGUGACUAAUGAUUUCCGUAUAUUAUUUUUGCUGUGCAUUGAUGCACGGACCUUGUACAUUUUUUCAUAUGGAUAUGUUGUAUAAUAACUUAUUUUUCAUGGAAUUAAAACAAGUAACAGAAAGUUUUUGUUGAAAUGAUUUUUAAUUUUCAGUGUUGACUGAGAUUGAAUAUAAAUUUCAAGACUGUUGCUUACAAUUAAAAGAGAACUACAUGCCAAGAGAAUUACGGUGUUCUACAUGCUUUAACAUUCCUGUUUCCACUUCAAUUGUGAAUCUUUACAAUGUUAGUGCUGUAUAUCUCUGGAAUGUAAUUUAGUGUGCAGUUUGGUAUUGUACAAUUUUCAACAUGUUGAGCACAAAACGACUGACGCAGUAAAUUGGUUCAAAAUGUG